UUUUUGGUAAAGUUUUUGAAUGAAUGAUACUAAAAUGAUAACAACGGCCAACCAGAAUACGAUAAUAGACGAACGACCGUCGCAGAAGGCUGUGACUCGGCUAGUCCGUACUCCGUAGUAUCCGUAGUUCGUAACACGUAGUACCUGAAAUUAUAUUAAUAUUAUAAACGUGGUCUGUUCCCCGCGGUAGUAGACAAAUAGAGUAAUAGACGUUGUCACCACUCACCACCAAACGGCAAACAAUAUUGGUAACUGAUUGCGUUUAACAAUGUCAGAGUUGAAGACCAACGACAACAUCAAGUUUUGCGUUAUAGUAUCUGAUGAAUACCCAGAUAAAAAAUUUGUACUACUGGAUAAUGAACCUUUAAUAUUGGGGAAAAAACAACAGACAGGAAUAGUCAACUACAGGAUGUCAAAAAAGCAAAUGAAAAUUGUAGCUGAUUAUUCUGUGUCUCGAGUAUGGGUUCAACAAUUAGGUAAAAGCAGGUCAGCUGUUAAUGACCAAACUAUGAUAAAAGGAGAAAAGAGACUCUUAAAUCUUGGAGACAAAAUAACAUUGUUGUAUAAAACCAAUCACACUUAUCAUUUGGAUUUUUUAACACCUACUUAUGGUAUGGACUACAGUAAAAAUAACACUAUUUGUUUAAAUAAAGAAAUUAUAGUUAAAACUCCUCCGUCAAAUUCUACAUUGGGAUGGGAUACUAGAGAUGGUACAUUAUUAGUGUUUAAUAGUCCAAAUAUUGUUUUUACGGAUAAGAUAGCGGCAUUUGAUAUGGAUACAAUGUUUAUUGUUGCUCUGUCUGGUGAAGCUUUCCUUGACGAUGAUGAUGACUACCAAAUGUGUAGCCUUGAAGUUACUAAAUCUAUUAAAAAAUUGUCAGAUGAUGGUUACAAAAUAGUGAUGUUUACUUAUCAAGGAGAUAUUGUUGGUAAUAAAGAAAAGGAAAACACACUUAAAAAUACAAUUGAAAAUAUCCCUAAAUUGAUUAAAGCACCAGUUCAAGUAUUUAUUGCCACCCAAAAAGAUAUAUACAAAAUGCCUGCACCAGGAAUGUGGAAUAUUUUGGUCUCUGAUUUCAAUGGAGAUAUAUCAGUUGACAUGGAUAAGAGUUUUUUUUGUGGUGGUGCAGCAGGUCGGCCUGCUCGAUUUGAUUCUGAUAGUAAGCCAAUUAAAAAAGAUCAUUCGUGUUGUGAUCGUUUAUUUGCAUUAAAUAUUGGUCUCAAAUUUUAUACUCCUGAAGAAUACUUUUGGAAAAAAUCUACUGAAGAAGAUUUUGCAUUACCUGCUUUCAAUCCAAAUGGCAUUCUGUCUAAUGUCCGCUACACAGAUUUAUCGUCCACAGUUUUAUUUACCUCACAUAAAGAAAUGAUCAUAAUGGUUGGUUGUCCUGGUUCAGGAAAAAGUUAUUUUGCAGCUAAUGAAUUAUUCUGUCAUGGUCGUAUAAAAAUAAUAAACAGAGAUACAUUAGGCUCAUGGCAAAAGUGUAUUACCAAAACUACCAAGUACUUAAGUAAUGGUAGAGUGAGUGUAGUGAUUGACCAUACAAAUCAGGAUGUAAAAUCAAGAAAACAGUUCAUUGAUAUAGCUAAAAAUUUAAAAAUCCCAUGUCGUGUGUUUUUAAUGAAAGUUUCCAAAGAACACGCUAAACAUAAUAACAGAUUUCGAGAAUUAACUGAUAAACUACAACCGAAAGUAUCGGAAAACGCAAUUGAUUUAUACUUUACCCAAUUUCAAAAACCAACCAAAAAAGAGGGUAUUAAAGAAAUAGUUUCGAUCAAUUUUAUUCCUCACUUUAAAGAUCCCAAUCAUGAAAAGCUUUACAAAAUGUUCUUGCUUUGAUAUUUUAAUUUUAAAAUUGUUGUAACCAAAAUGUAAUUUUUUAUUUAAAUGGAAUCAAAUAAGUCAUAACUAUAUAAGGUUAUUUUAAGCAGAAGUUUAUGACACAUUGAUAUCAAAAGCUAUACAAAAUGUUAUUGCCUAUUUUAUUGUAAGUUUUACAUUGUUAAAUCCAAAAUGUAAUUAUCUUUAAAGUGUUUUGAUUUAUACAGACUCCUAUUAGUCAUAAAUAUGUAAUAAUAUGUUUUAAGCAUUAGUUCAUAUCAAAUUGUUAUCAAUUUAUAAAUAACUUUUUUAAAUUUAAUCAUAUAAAAAAACAAGUGUCUUAUAAUUGACUACUGAAUUGUUUUUUGACUAUUGUUCCUUUUUUGUAAACAUAUUAUUAAUACAUUUCUAAUAAAAUA